AUGGUCAGUUUCCGAGACUCGUCCGUCGUCAUCAUCGAGUCUGGCAGAACGCUCAUCAGAGCAGGCGUUGGCUUACACGACCUCCUCAAGGCGCCGUCUGUUGAAAUACAAGCUCGCGUCGGUCUGCGACGCAAUCCAGGCGAUAGUGCAAAUGGCACAUCCUCACUAAGGCCAGGCGAGAGCAGCGAGAAUUUGCGUCCCUCUGCAUCCAGCAGUCGCGCGUCGUCAUUGCCUUUUCAGCCUAGUCCCUCGGCGAAAGUUCACGACUACCUUGUCGGCCCACAACUAGACGAAGCUCUUCAAGCUGGUCAAGAUGUCAUUGUCUCGUGGCCAUUUGCAGAUGGUGAUGUUCGUGAUUGGACUCAAGCGGAGGCACUUUGGAAAUAUGUUCUGUUCAAUACACUUCAACUCAAACGAACUCAGAACGAGUCUCCUGUUAUGCUGUCCAUGCCAGCAGGCCUCUUCAGAGACUCGUCAGAACGCAUAUGUCAGAUCUUCUUCGAGCGCUUCAAUGUCGCAGGCUUCGGUCUCCUUGACCGUCCUAUGGCCCAGCUCUAUGCUGCAGGACAACUCAACGGAGUCGUGGUUGACAUUGGUCAUGAAAUAACCGACAUCACCCCAAUUUACGAUGGGUUCAUCGUGCAUAACGCUCGUUCGUCGACACCUCUAGGCAUCAGAGACUGUCAAAUUUACCUCGCCAACCUCCUUCGCUCCAACCAAUCGGUCAUGGCAGCGGCAUCACCUCCGGACAACCCAACUGACCCAGAGGUCGCUCAGAGAUUCGUGGAUGACUUUGUCAAGUGCAUUUGGAUGGAGGGUCUUGUCCGCGUUCCAUCAGACGGGCAAACAGUAGAGAUACCAGAAGAUGAGGGGGUCACUGAUAUAGCAGCAGUCCUCGUUGCUGGCAAAGAAAAAGCCGUUAUUGAGACGGGGAUGAAGAAAAAGCUGACUGCGAAGGCUUCUGCUGCGGAGCAAGCUCGCGCGAGGGAGAUUGAGGCACUUGAUCUUGUCACUGUGGAGUUCCGCGACCACUCUAUCACUCUGGGUAAAGAGCGGCAUCGAUUUUGCGAGCCGCUCUUUGAUCCUACGCUAUUGAACGGGCUGCCUAUUGAGCGUGCGGAUCCUUAUGAAGGGAGAAUAUUGCCCUUGCAGGAGGCUGUUGCGUUUUCCGUUCGCCAAACGGAUGUCGUCCAGAGGCAGUACAUUUGGCAAGGUUUGUUUGUUAAUGGCGACCUUACCAACCAUGUCAAAGGCAUCGGAGCUGCACUGCAGUCGCGGCUAGCGCCUUUCAUUCUUAGCACUCCAGACCAGGCGACUGAAGUGCAGCCGCGGUCAAUCCGAGUGCUAACUGUGCCUGAAUACUUUGCGGAAUACCGAGAAAAAGGAGAUGGCCUCGCGGCAUUCCUUGGCACUAGCAUUGUUGCGAAGAUCGCAUUCAAUGAGUCACAUGGGAAGAAUUUCGUGUCGAAGACUGAUUAUAAUGAGAAGGGGCCACAUGCUGUUUUAGAAAUGUCUCCAGCAUCGUUGUAA